CUGCGCUCAGCAGCAUCAACAGCAGUUAGUAACCAACAGCAUCCCUAUAAGACAGAAGCCAAAUCCAGAAAUCAGCGCAGGUAUCAAUGUGUUAAGAAGGUGAUAGAUUUACUGGAAAUCGGAGAUUAGAAAAGCAGAGGAGACCAUGUUCUAGAGAACCCGUGCCGACAGCCCAUUCGCUACAAUGAACAACGAGGACGAGUUCUAUGAUGCCGUCACAGGCUUGGAUUCGGAUGAGUCUUGUGAGGGCACAUCAGAAGGCAGUUUUAAAGAUGCUGUAGUGUUUGACGGCGCACAGAAGAACAAUGGCGUGGUUCCUCAGGAGAAUGGAAUCAAGAAACGCAGGUCGCGUCUUCCUGCCCCCAUGUUCUCCAGAAAUGAUUUUAGCAUAUGGAGCAUCCUCAAGAAAUGUAUUGGACUGGAACUUUCCAAGAUCACCAUGCCCAUCGUCUUCAAUGAGCCUCUGAGCUUUCUACAGAGAAUCUCUGAGUAUAUGGAGCACACAUACCUCAUCCAAAAAGCCUGCGAGCAGUCCGACUCUAUAGAGCGGAUGCAGGCGGUAGCUGCCUUCGCUGUGUCUGCAGUCGCCUCUCAGUGGGACAGAACUGGCAAACCUUUUAACCCCCUUUUAGGAGAGACCUACGAACUUACAAGAGAUGAUCAGGGUUUCAGACUGAUCUCAGAACAGGUGAGUCACCAUCCGCCCAUCAGCGCGUUUCACGCGGAGAGUCUGACGGGUGACUUUGUGUUUCAUGGCUCCAUCUACCCAAAACUCAAGUUCUGGGGCAAGAGCGUGGAGGCCGAACCUAAAGGAACCAUCACACUGGAGUUAUUCAAGCACAAAGAGGCAUAUACAUGGACCAAUCCUUUCUGCUGUGUGCACAAUAUCAUUCUUGGUAAACUUUGGAUCGAGCAGUACGGCACUGUAGAAAUUGUCAAUCACAGUACUGGAGAGAAAUGUGUUCUGAACUUUAAACCCUGUGGGCUGUUUGGGAAAGAGCUGCACAGAGUUGAAGGUUACAUUCAGGACAAGAGUAAGAAGAAGCGCUGUGUGAUCUAUGGAAAAUGGACAGAGUGUAUGUGGAGUGUUGACCCACAGGUGUACGACGCCCACCGUAAACUCGAUAAGAAAGGAACGACAGACACUAAAAAACAGAAACCGGAGGAGACAGAAGGAUCUGUCAACGAGGAUGCUGAUGAGAUGCCUGAUGUGCAAGAGACUGUGGCUGUGAUUCCUGGUAGCACGUUACUGUGGAGAAUAUCACCUCGACCGCCUCAUUCAGCAGAGAUGUAUAACUUCACAAAUUUUGCUGUGACACUCAAUGAGAUGGAACCUGGCAUGGAGGGAUUGCUGGCACCAACAGAUUGCCGCCUACGGCCUGACAUCAAAGCCAUGGAGAAUGGCAACAUGGAUGAAGCCAGCACUGCAAAGGAGAGACUGGAGGAGAAACAGAGAGCAUCUCGUAAAGAACGGGACAAAGAUGGUGGCGAGUGGCCCACUAGGUGGUUUCAAUCCGGCACAAACCUAUACACAGGAUCACAGGACUGGCUUUACACCGGGGGAUAUUUUGAUAGGAAAUACACAGACUGUAAUGAUAUCUACUGAUGACAAGCUUAGGCGACCACCUUCCUUUCUCUCCUAAACUACAGCAUCCUUCUCUACCUAAACAGCAUAUUAAAGGGAUAGUUCACCCUAAGCGCUCAUCUCAUUUUGCUCAGCACCUGCUCACCAAAAUUCAUACUGUUCUCGGUUGCACCAGAGGAUCAUGGGUUUUUUCCAUAAUCAGUUCAUUUAUGUCUUUGCUCUUUUAAUUGGUUGGGUUGUUCGUUUUCUGGGAAGGAAAGAGAGAGAGGUGAUUAGAUGACACACAAUUGUAAUGACACAACGUUUGACUUCUAGAAGAAUAUUUAUUCAUGAACCCUGUAGGUUUAUCAGAAGAGGAAAGUAGCAUAAGAGGGCGAGAGAAUGUAGGAGUCGUUUCUGAAUGUAAAAAGUCUCAGCUACUUUUUCCAUAGCAGUGUUAAGCAGUGCUACAGAUAACUAAACUUCUUUGGCCAUAACACUAAUAUAAAUCAACUUAAUCCAGAUUUGUUGAGCUUUGCUAGCACUGAGCUAAGAACAACUUCUGCCCAGCUGUAGAGAGUAAGAGAGAGCGUGAAGGUGAUCCAGGUGAUCUAUGCGUAAGAUAUGGCGAUUUGUGUAAAAAGUUAUAGAUUUUGUUUUAAUUGGUACAGUGUUUGGCUUUUCAAAUGUCAGACCUCAAAAUUGAACGAAAAGUACCUUCAUCAUUAAUAAAUUAUCGUAAAGCAUUUUAAAAAUAGCUUGCUCGCUUUCAUUGCUUCCUUCCACUGUGUGCUUAUGCACCCAUUGCCCAAAUAGAGACUUUUCUGAGCUGUUUGUAUUGCCAUUUAUCGGUUGUUUAAUAAUUAACAAAUGAUCACAAAACACAGUUUAUUGACAAAAUGCACCUUUUCUUGUUUCGCACCGUAUGAUGUAUUUGUCGUUGUUGUUGCUCAAACACUGUCCAGGUUGUUAUAUGUAGAGUCGCAUUUGCACCUAUUUUCACAUUCCUAAAUCACAGUGUACUUGUGUACAAAUGUUUAAGAACAUAAAAUCUAUGCAGUUUAUUACACAGCUGAAAUCCCUCAUACGUGUUUGAAUAGUUCAGGCUUCAUAAACAUGAAAUGUAAAGAAUGGCAGCUGUAAAGUACAGUUACUGUAAAGUAUGCAAUUCUGUAAGUAGUUCGGUUUGCCUAUCUAUGUUCGGCUCCUUAUCUGCUGUCUUUGCUUUGAAAGAUCUUUUACAAUCUAAUAACAUUCCUUUUCAGACUACAAAUUUUUUAUUAUUUCAUUCAGAUGUGUAAUGUGUAGAUGAAACAAACUCUGAUGAGCAGGGUUUGAUGUAUAGUGACUCUCCAGCAGUUGUUGUCACACAGAUGUGUUUUCUUUUCCACAGUGCCUGACUUUAGAAACAUCUCCGUCACUUACUCUCAAAUUGUCGUGACUAGUCCCUGCUUAAUGUUAAGGGUAUUUUUAAAACUUAAGUAUGUUAGACAUUUUAUUUUAUUUUUCAAACUUUUUCCCUUGUCUGAGUGAGUAUCAAAAUAAUGUAAAAAAAACUAAUCACCAUUUGUUUCCUACAGUCAACAUUUACACUACUUGGUUUGUGUCCUUUUUGUAUCAUGUUUUAUGUGUAUUUGAUAAUUUUCGUUUUAUGUGUAUCCGCUAUAAAACUAAUGUUCUACAAUUAAAAUAUAGAUUUUAUUUUUA